GGCAUCAACAUUUGAAUUCUUGACUCAUCGAAUACUUAUCUUUUACAAAUAAUAAAAUAAUGCUAACUUAACUUCAAUGUAAUAGUAAAAACAUUUAAAAAUUCAACGUUCAGUUGCAUGGUUUCAGUCAGCUCUCAGCUGGCAAAUCGUACUCUCUUAUCGGGUACGGCAACAGACGACCGCCAUAAGUUGUUUUACACGUCAUUCUUGUCGUUUCACAUUUCUCUCUGUCUCAACGAAAAAUCUAUUGUUGCAGUAUUUUCUCAUCAGUUUACAGUACAGUUUUCAAGAAUGGAUCGCAGUAAAGUUGGCGAGCUCAUGGUCAUAACUGGAAAUUCCCAUCCUGAGCUGGCUGAUCUUAUCGCCAAGCGGUUGGGCAUCAAGGUUGGUGCUGCUUCGAUUUAUCACAAGACUAACCGUGAGACUAUGGUUGAUAUUGCUGAUUCCGUUAGAGGAAAAGAUGUGUACAUCAUUCAAACAGGAACCAAAGAUGUCAACAACAAUAUUAUGGAACUACUGAUUAUGGCCUACGCUUGCAAAACGUCGUCAGCACGCAGCAUUGUGGGUGUCAUCCCCUAUCUACCCUACAGUAAGAUGCGCAAGCGAGGGUGCAUCGUAUCCAAACUAGUAGCAAAAAUGAUGUGCCGCUCGGGAUUAAAUCAUCUCAUCACCAUGGAUCUGCAUCAAAAAGAAAUUCAGGGUUUCUUCGAUUGUCCAGUCGACAACCUUCGUGCUUCACCCUUUCUUCUUCAAUACAUUCAAGAAUCCAUCCCAGAUUUUAGGAAUGCUGUUAUUGUAGCCCGCGAUCCAGGAUCAGCUAAGAAGGCAACCUCAUACGCUGAGCGCCUACGUCUGGGAAUAGCUGUCAUUCACGGUGAACAGAAGGAAGCCGAGUCAGACAUGGUUGAUGGAAGACAUUCUCCCCCAACACUACGCAGUCGCACUAUGGAUGCUGCUCGUGGAAUGCCAGUCAUGACUGCUAAAGAAAAACCUCCAAUCAAUGUAGUUGGAGACGUCGGUGGCAGGAUCGCUAUUAUGGUGGAUGACAUGAUUGACGAUGUUAGAUCUUUCGUGGCGGCCGCUGAAGUCUUGAAGGAACGAGGCGCCUACAAAAUUUAUGUGAUGGCAACCCAUGGUUUACUAUCGUCAGAUGCUCCAAGACUGAUUGAAGAUUCACCAAUCGAUGAAGUCGUAGUUACCAAUACGAUUCCGCACGAGAUACAAAAGAUGCAGUGCCAUAAAAUCAAAACAGUUGACAUUAGCGUUCUCUUGGCGGAAGCUAUUCGUCGUAUCCACAACAAAGAAUCCAUGUCCUACCUGUUCCGCAACGUCACGCUUGAAGAUUAAGAAGAAGAAAAUUACGAUUGCUGGGCCUUAAAAUUAACUUGGUAUGAACACAAUUUAUAGUUUCCGUUGAAGUAAUCAUUCUCUAGCUUACUUCAUCAUAGGUAAAAACAAAAUAAAAAUAAUGAGAAACUAAUUUUCAAAAAAAGUAAGCUAAUGGAAAAAAGUAUGGAAAUUUCUGUGAAACCUUUGUUUUAGUCUCGGUUCCAUAGGCGAAUAUCAUUUAAACACCCUGCACUCCAUUCAAGUUACAUUACAAAUGUUACAGCAAAAUUAAA